CUUCUUUGUGGAGAUGGAAAACCCGGACCAAACGAUGGGCGAAAGGGACGAGCUUGCCGUACGACGCCAUCACCCCACGAGCUUGACGCAGCACAUGCCCGUUGCUGGCAGGUACAAAAAGGCCCCCCCGUCAAGGUGUAGUGGCACACCUCGCUUGCCACCUCCUGAGAUCUGACGACCAAUACCAAGGGCAUCGCAGCACGCAGCACAAUCCAACCCAUCGCUGACAGAGCGAAACAACCCCUCGACGUCUGUCACUCGCUAGCGAAGCGCACAUCAGCCGCCAUGAAGCUCCUCACCCCCACUCUCCUCACCCCCACUCUCCUCGCCUCCCUGGCCCUCGCCGGCGCCGCCAGCAGCGACGAGCUCGCCCAGAUCGCCUUCUACUCGGGGAAGCAGUGUCACGGCAAGCAGCUCGCCAUGGCGCACCCGCCGGCCCACGGCUGCUACCCCGUCGCCCCGGGUGCCGGGCGCCACCAGUCCAUGUCGGCGACCGUGGCGGCCGACUUUAACCAGACUUGCGUCUCCUUCUACUCGGACGAGAGGUGCACCAUUUCCAAUAUGGUGGCGACAGCUCGGCCCAACGAGACCUGCGUCAACUUUUACUUUGAGCCGGUCAACAGCUAUAGGGUUCGGGACCUGCGCCCUUUCUCCUCUGGUUCCGUGAAUGGUACUGGGAACCGGUUAAUGGAAACUGGAGCAGGCGGCAUUUGAGGCAAAGAUGUAGGGCGGGGUGGUGCACACUGGGUUGCUCAUUCGGGGCUGGGCGUCGUGUGAGGGACUCCUUUCGCUGGUUCCUCUUGAUGACGAACAAGUCAAUGUUCAAAAAGAGUCGGGCAAAUCCGCACUCUGCUAGCGACCUGGAUGGCACAUAAAUGCACCACGGAAAGAAAGCGUCAACGUAUUUAUCCUUUUUCAACCAGUCCUCCCUCCUAAGGCUAAUUCGCAGAAAAAAGCAAACGCAACGGCGUGGCGAACGACAAUAGUAAAUGCAACCAAAAAGGUC